AUGAAUACACCUUCAGACACUAUUUCCGAAGAGGAAGCAGAGCUUAGGAUACCCGCCACUCAACAUAAUGAUGAUAUAGCUAUACCAGGUAGCCAUGACAUUGCCACACUACCAUCAUCAUCAUCACCAUCAUCAUCUUCAACGCCAGCAUCAACAUCACCACAGCAAAUCUCGACAACACCAUCAACAACACCAUCAGCUGUUAAUAUAAACAUUGGAGAUGAUGAUGAUGUGUUGUCUGGCGUCACUUCAUUGGGCAUGGAGAAUGCAAAUAGUAUAAACUACAAUACCGUACCGAUCACAAUCACUUUGGAUGACGUCACAGUGUCCCUGCGAGGCGACUCUGAGAACCUCUUCACUCGCAUCAAACUCUGCGAGCGCAAGGCACCCAAGAACCUCCUCAACAACAUCUCUGCGAUCAUCCGUCCCGGCCAAAUGUGUGCCAUCAUGGGUGGAAGUGGCAGUGGCAAGACUACAUUGCUCAACUCAAUCUCUGGAAGAUAUAACAAGUCAGAGAUGAAGGUCGAUGGCAACAUUAUGUUCAACUCGGUGCUGUCACCUCCACCAGACUUGGUCAAGAAUGCAGUGGGCUAUGUAAUGCAGAAGGACUACCUGCUGCCAAACCUAUCGGUACGCGAGACUCUUGUCUACUCUGCACGCCUUCGUCUGCCCACCAGCGUCAGUGAUGCUGACAAGUUGGAGCGUGUCGAUUCCGUGCUCUCAGUACUAGGUCUACGCGACUGUGCCAACACACGAGUGGGUGGCAAUGGCAAGCGAGGUAUCUCUGGUGGAGAGAAGAGACGUGUGUCCAUCGGAUGCCAACUCCUCACAGACCCAAGUGUGCUGUUCCUGGAUGAGCCAACCACUGGACUGGACGCAUUCACUGCGUUCCAGGUCACUCAGACAUUGGUCCGCAUCGCCAGACAGAACAGAACAGUUAUAUGUACUAUACACCAGCCUCGCUCAGACAUCUUCAAACUGUUUGAUCAGGUCAUGUUGCUGUCCAAAGGACAGCUCGUCUAUCUUGGACCAGCCACAGAGAUGGUUGGUCACUUUACACGUCUAAACUUCAAGUGUCCAAGAAUGGAGAACCCUGCCGAUUACUUCAUCGACAUCUGUUCCGUGGACUAUAGAAGCCCUGCAUUGGAGGCGGAGAGCGUUGAGAGACUGAAGACAUUGGUACUCUCGUUUAAUGAGUGCGAGGAGAAGAUACAGCUGCAGGAGAAGAUUGCCGCACAGCGACUGCGAAUCAAGGACGUCUCGCAGAAGCAGAGCAGGACAGAGGAGCAACAGCUGACGUCGCAGCUGAGGACAUCGACGCCAUUCUUCAGCUCGGUGCCCGUGCUGACCAGCCGCUCGUACCUCAACCAUCUGCGCGACCUGCCCGCGGCCAUCACCCGUCUCUCGCAGAUCGUCUCGUUCGGCCUGAUGAUGUGCAUCUGUUUCCUGCGUCUCAGCGACGACCAGUAUGGCAUCCAGAACCGCUCGGGAUUCCUCUACGAGUCGCUCAGUAUGAUCUUCAUCGCGCUGCUCAACUGUGUGGCGCUGUUCCCCACAGAGCGCAACCUGUUCUACCGCGAGCGUUCGGACGGCCUGUACUCGACCGUUUCAUUCUUCACGGCCUACAGUCUUGUGGAGAUCCCCUUCAACGCGUUUGGCGCACUGGGCUACACGGCGGUCGUCUACUGGGUGCUGGGCCUGCAUCACGGCGUCAGCCACGUCUUUAUCUUUGCGCUCACCAUCUUCAUCCUGCUGUUCUCUGGCGAGUCGGUCGGCCUGUUUGUAUGCUCGCUCUUCUACGACGUUGGCCUGUCGACGACGAUUGCCAACGUCAUCCUGUCGCUGUUCUCACUGCUGGCCGGUUUCUUCAGACCGAGCUCGCAGCUGCCGUUCGUCCUCAAGUACUUCAACUACGCGCUGCCAACCAAGUGGGCUGGCGAGGUGAUUGCCAUCAACGAGUUCAAGGGUCUGACGUUUGACUGUCCAGGCUCUCAAUCUAUCAACGGCACCAUCUGUCCCGUGUACACUGGUGAGCAAGUUCUCGAGUCCUACGGCUGGAACGACAUCAACAUCUACGAGUCCAUGAUAAUCAUGGUAGUCAUCUCCAUUGGAUAUCGUCUAAUCGGUUUAUUGACUCUCCAGUUCAACAGGAGAGUCGUUGUAUUGUAA